GCGAGAGCCAGGCAGAGCUCUCAGAGCGAGUGUUUCCGCUUACCUAAAAUAAAAAGCUGGCAGCGGCGGCGAGCUGCGGCCGAGCAGUGACGGAGCAGGACUGAGCGGGUCGACGGAAACCCAACACGGCUCGAGCUAUUCUCCACAUCCAGCUUCGGGUGUCGCGUCUCGAGCUGCCGUUAAUGCCUGGCGCGUGAAGCGGGCAGAGUGGAGGGUUCGAACCUGGUUACACCGCAGAGAGCUCUCCCUGGUCGUGGAAGAGAAAAGAUGUGCGAUGGAAUGGUAGCGUUUCAGACGAGAGCCCUGUCCUCCUCUGCCUCCUCCUCUGCGCUGCUCCUCCUCUUCCUCCUGCUCCCUCAUGGUCACACAUCAGGUUGUCCGCGCCCGUCCGGCCUGCAGCACGGGUUCCUGCUCAACCAGACCGAGUCCAACUGGGCCUCUUUUCCUUCUGCCUACAAUCUAACAUACGGCUGUGAUCAGGGAUACACAGCAGAUGGACCCACCACCAUCACCUGUUCCAGUAAUGGAUCCUGGUCCCAUCAGCCUCCAAACUGCAUCAAGAACAGAGUGUGUCCACCACCCACGGAACCGGAGAACGGGGGUUACCGCUGCCGCUCUCCUCGCUGCCAGAGCCUCAGCCACGGGACGGUCAUCGAGUACUUCUGUGACGAGGGCUACGCUCUGAAAGGAGACUACAACUUUCGCACUUGUAUUAACGGUGAAUGGGACCGUCCCAUGCAGAGCAGCUGCAGACUGGUUGAAGACAAAGAGCCUAGCUCCCCGCUCGGUAUCCCAGCUCUGUCUAUUGUGGCGUCCACAGCUAGCUCUGUGGCCCUCAUCCUGCUGUUAGUGGUGCUGUUUGUUCUGGUGCAGCCAAAACUCAAGUCCUUCCAUCACAACAGGAGGGAGCAGGGGGUCUCAGGUCAGUCCAGCUCCAUCAUGGUGGAGGGGGUUCAAGUCACGCUGCCCUCUUAUGAAGAGGCUGUAUAUGGAAGCAGUGGACCCUGCAGCGGUCCCUCCCCACCUCCUCCUGCAGCUCCUCCAGAGUCCAGAGUCCCCAUCGUGCUUUCUGAGGGGCUUCCUCAGGGGGCCGCGGGAGGCCACAGCUCCAGCAGAGCCCGCCCCCACAGAGACUUUGACUUCUGUCUCCCAUCAACCUCCUCCUCCUCCUCCUCCUCUGGCCGUCAUGCAGAGAUGGUGCUGGUUCAUCAGGUGCCCUCCUCCUCCUCCUCCUCCUCCUCUUCAUCAUCGUGGGCUAGAGAGCACCCAGGUGGUGCGUGUGCAGCCCCCCUCCCUCUCCGCAGAGACUCUGAGAGCAGCGACCAGCACAGUCUGCUCUCUGUCACCUCCACAGACGACUUCUCUGAUGAUAUUCCCCUGUUGAAGGAAGCAUGAAGCCUGCUGCUCUCUUAUCACCUCCUCCUCCUCCUCCUCCUCCUCCUCUCACUGCUGUCCAGAACUGACUGUGGCCGUGGACCCACUCUCCCCUCCUACAGGCCGAGAAGUGACCAGAGCUGUGUCCAUUUCCUCACCUGCCUCCUCCUGUCAGAGCAGAGCCCACAUCCAGGACCAGAACUGAGACCUGAGACAUGAUGGACCGCUGCAGGACCCACAGACUGGACUCACAGAGGCAAACUGACCCUGUACAGACCUAACUAACAUCCUGGCUGCUGUGACCUCAGACAGUAAAAAUAAAAAGUGUAAAAUAAAGACUGUAAAAAUAC